CACAUGAUUCUGCCAUCUGCCACGCUGGCGGAACAUCGUUCUGCCAAUUUCUGCCAGUUCUGCCCAUAACACUACGCCCCCCUCCCCCCGCUCAUACUAUAUCUAGUGCUAGUGUGAGUCGUAGUUGGGUCAAAGUAUUAUUUUUCCCUCCUACCUUUUCGUUCACAAGCACUCGUCACAAUGGGUGCCGAAAAGACAGACACCGCUACUGCCUAUCACACUAGUAAUAGCAGCAAAGGCGAAUUCUCUGACGUCUUAGACCAUAAUGGAGCGUCUUUUCAGGGGCCCUCGCGGCACACCCUGCAACGUAAACUCAAGAAUCGUCAUGUCGCUAUGAUCAGUAUUGGCGGUGUUAUCGGUACUGGUCUUUUUGUUGGAACCGCCGACUCUCUGAGUUAUGGAGGUCCCAUUGGUCUGUUGCUCGGCUACAUUGUCAUGAGCUCCAUCGUCUACUGCGUCAUGAUCAGUCUGGGAGAAAUGGUUGCUUACCUGCCUAUAGCUGGUGGUCACAUCAAACUGGCCGAGCGCUUCAUUGACCCUGCGUUCUCUUUUGCUAUGGGUUGGAAUUACUGGUAUGACUGGGCGAUUAGCUCACCUGCUGAGAUUUCUGCUGCUGCAUUAUUGAUAAACUAUUGGAAUUACACUGUCAAUGAUUCAGUAUGGGUCGUCACAUGUCUUGCCGUCGUUCUCGCCAUCAAUAUGCUCGGUGCUGGCGCUUACGGCGAGGCGGAAUUCAUAUUUGCAUCCGUUAAGGUCAUCACAAUCACUGGUGUCAUUAUUCUCGGUAUAGUCAUCGAUUUAGGAGGUGGUCCAAACCAUGACCGCAUUGGAUUCCGCUACUGGAAAAAUCCUGGACCAUUCGUUCAGUAUAGUGGCAUCGAAGGUGCCGAAGGACGAUUCCUCGGCUGGUGGGCUGUUUUGACGCAGGCUGCUUUCUCGUUCAUUGGAACCGAGAUUGUUGCUAUUGCUGCUGGAGAAGCGAAGAAUCCUCGUCAUACCUUGCCCAAAGCCAUCCGUCGAGUAUACAUCCGUAUAUUGCUUUUCUACAUCGGUGGAACACUCGUAAUUGGUUUGCUUGUACCAUCCAACAACCCAUUACUCGUAUUGAACACUGGAACCGCCCGGUCUCCAUUCGUCAUUGCUAUUGAAACAGCUGGAAUUAAAUCUCUUCCUUCAAUCAUCAAUGCUUGUUUGUUGACCUCGGCAUGGUCUGCAUCAUCUAGUUCCUUGUAUACUUCAUCUCGUGCGAUUUAUGGUCUUGCAGCCUCAGGAAAUGCUCCCAAGAUCUUCCUUAAAACCACGCGCAACGGGUUGCCUUACGUUACUGUCCUCUUCUCCGCCGCUUUCUCCCUUCUUGCUUUCAUGGCUGUGUCCAGUAGUGCGGGCUCAGUAUUUAACCGGCUUUCCAGCAUGUCAGCCAUCGCUGGCCUUAUGACGUGGUUUGGUAUUUCGGUGACGUACCUCCGCUUCUACAAGGGCAUGCAGGUUCAAGGCAUCGACCGCAAGACGCUCCCUUACUACACAAAUCUCCAGCCAUACGCAGCGUGGUGGGGAGUAGUUACGACGAUCACCAUCUGUUUCUUUAGCGGAUGGAGCGUCUUCCUCAAAGGAAAGUGGAAUAGUGUAACUUUUGUCACUGACUACAUCCUUCUCAUUACCUGGCCAAUUAUGUACUUUGGUGCUCGCCUCUACUAUGGCACAAAGCCCGUUGCUGCAGAGGACAUGGACUUUAAAAGCAAUAUAGCUGACAUCGUGGCAGACUCAUAUGAGGAACCCCCGGCGAAGAACAAGAUGGAAGCAUUCUGGCGGUGGCUGAUGUAAUUUACUAAUUAUACCUGCAAUAAUACCGUUGAUUAUCG